AUGGCCUUUUUGAAGAAACUGUCAUCUCUAAGGAAGCGGCGAAGCCUCCAGUCAGGGAGAACUGAACAGGUCGCGGAUGGGUCUCCUUCAACUCCCUCUACAAACUUGGUUGAUAUAAAUGAAACACCAGAGCCACCCAAAUCUUCAACUAAGCCAGCCUCAGGGACAGCACCACCAGCCCCCAUUCCAGAAAAUCAAAACGCUCAGCAACAACACCAACCUUCGCCAAACAAAUCAACUCCGGAGUCUAGCUUCCUCGCACAGGCUCAAGCUAAUAAGUCUAAUGCUCUACAAUACCAGAGAUUAGCCUUUGCCCAGGUAGGAAGCACAUCACCUCAGCUUGACACAGCAUUAAGCAACAUCAACAUCUCGAUUCAGCUUAACCCGGAUGAUGGCAUAUCAUGGAAGUUGAGAGGCAUUAUCUUGCAAGCUACCGAAAACUACGAACAGGCUUACAUGGCCUACACGGAAGCUGUAGCGAGGCUAGAGGGCCCCGAAAAGCAAACAGUGCAACAAACUCUGUCCUUACUGGCCAUGUUGAAGCAGGCGCAGCAGGCCGAGGCGGCAAAACGAGGACAAUAUAUCCCUCCGAAUCCCAUAGCUCAGACCCCUCUAUCCACACAGACAUCGACACAAACAUCACCAAUAGCCCCAGCCCGGCCAACUCAGAUGGGCCUAAUAACACCACAGCCAACAGCCGUGGACCACCCUCAGGCAAGCCAAGGCCUGCAUGCCCCAAAGCCCAUAUUGCUCGAACCACCAUCCUCAUCUAGCGUUGCCCAUCCGCUACUGGAAGAGAUUCGGGCACUAAAGCAUCCUAAGAGCAGAGACCUCCUCAUGACUCUUACCCGGAAAUGUCGAGGCGCUCUGUAUCUUGUAGAGUUCAAUGGUCUAGGUUCCGUUGAUCAGGUGGCAUUAUUCUUCCUGGGCUAUAACUACACCGCUUCCCAGCGGCUUGAUAUGCCCCGUUCACCACCUACUCUGCAUCCUUCUUGGGAAAAGAAUUAUUGGCGUCUUCAGCUCAGUUCAGAUAAAAGAAGGUUUGACUAUAAUUUCGAGUCUCUGUCACUUCCUGGUAAUGAGGUGUUCGACUUUGACUGUGAGACCAUAGCGAACUAUGACGGUUGUCAUUUAGGAACUGCCAGUGUCCGAGGAUACAGUGAAGCAUACAGGCUGCAACAAGGUUCCUUGCCAAAAGGCCACGCAAGCCUAGAGGUUUUCAGUGCAGCGCAGACUUGGAUGGAGCAGCUCUCGAUCAACGCACUCAAUGAAAAUAUUUCGAUGUGCUCUAGAGCCUGGUCUCUCGAUAGGAUCGGGGCCACCGGACUCGACGAGGCCAUCAUCUCUUACGCCACAUCCGGAGAUGGAGCAGCCUGUGCCACUAUUCAACUAACUCCUCCAAGUUUCCUCUCCGAUGUCCGCGGAUUUUCCGCCUUCUCGUCUAAUAUCGCCAAGAUCACAACCAGAGAAGCAAUCGGCCUCCAAAAAUUCUUGCAACAUAUCCUCAUGGGCGAGCUAGCCUCUGUGCUCGUAAAAAACUUGGCGAAAAAUCCACGGUUUCCAAACAAGGUACAAAUCAGUCCGGCUUUAUGUGCACUUAUUGCGCUCGCCCGCCUCUGGAGAGAGCACCUUGCUGUCCGUCCUGUCGUCGGCACGAACAAUUGGAACCUUGUUCCAAAUCAUGCUCAGAUUCACGCAGAAGGGCUUGUACGGUUUGCCGAGGCCUUAAGAUGGCCAUAUCUCAACGAAGCGUGUGCCAGCAUCAACGAAACGCUUCAAAGCUUUACAUCUAAUAUGUUUGGGUCAGGCAUUCACCCUUACCAUAUAGACUGGCUACUUGGGCUUGUUCUUCCUGGUCGGUAUUUUCGACAUCAAAUCUUGAGCUCUUUGGUCCUCAUAUGCGCAGAAACACGCGAGCUAGGUAUUUGCCCCAGCUUCGACAGUGGGCUAGUCAUAUUUGACAAGAGUUAUUGGCCGAAACUUACUGUUUUGGGUCGCAUUCUCUCGUCCCUGGAUCACAGCAAGGUAACAUGCGGUUGGGUGCGGCCUCUCCCUGCACCAAAAGUACACGGAUUGUCAUUCGCAUGGGCCAGGAUUGAGGCUAAGCCUGUCCCCAUGCUGCCUCCAUUGUCCCUAGAAGGGUUGACACAUCUCCAAUCGUGCGGCUUUGAACAGGACUAUGAUCCAUCAGAUCCCAAAGCCUUUCCUAUAGAUCUUGCCAAUUUCUCCAAGUGGAAUCCACCCCGGGCCUUGCCACCACGUCCCUCUUCAUUCAAGAUCCAAGGCCGAGUUGAGCUUCAAGCUGUUCGACUAAGCGAAGUGGCGAGCCCAGCUAAUACUGCCGGGAAGACGUAUCGCGCAAGACUGGAGUUCUCCAGCCAUGGUGAUGAGGUAUCAUUCACCGUCCGGUUCAAUCCAUUGUUUGUGCAUGUGCCCAAUUGUGAGGGCACGACGCAUCCGAUCCACGAUCGACUCACACAUAAGCUAUUUGAGAGGCUCGUCUAUGCCAGGCAGUUGAACAAUGGAGCUAUAAUCCCGACCGGACCGGGACUGAUCAUCAUCAACGCAAUGGAACCGGGCGAGGAAGCCAUGGCGCGGGCAUGGUGUGCCGAGGUUGGGAAGAAUGCAGUUGUCAGGAAGGGAGGUCAGGGCUGCUUCACGUGUGCGGUUAACUUGGCGAUGUCUCGAACGGGACUGAACUUCAACACACUUAUUUGGUGUUCAUAA